AUGCAAAUGAAGGGGGCGUGGGGAGCGUGUAACUCGGGGCCCCGGAAGAGCGGAGAAACCCCAUAUAAAAACUACUGGGGACAUUUCCCAGGCAGAACUACUAAAGCUCCAGAGACAGCAGCACCCGGGGCGGCCGGGCACAGCAGCUCCGCGCAGCACAGCACAGCACACGGCGCCGAGCAAGCCAGCAGGCGGAGCACAAGUAGCCAGGAGAAGCAGAAAGCGGGGCAGAUAGCGGCUCCCGGGUCGGGCGCGCUCCCAGGCUGGGCAGAGGCGCAGCGCCGCUUUGCUGUCCCCAGCAGGCAACUCUCCCCCCAGAGCGAAGCAAGGAGACAUCUCGCAAAAGGGACGUGCCAGGCUCCCGAGAGGAAACGGCUGCGGACCAUGGCUGACGAUGAAAUUGCCCGCAGCCCCAGCAGUAGCAGCUGCAGCGGGAGUGGGAAUUGCACGGGCACUUGCGGCGAGAACCCUCAUUGCAACGUGCUGAGCUGGGAACAAGUGCGGCGCUUGGAUCGCAUCCUGACCGAGACCAUCCCCAUCCACGGCCGGGGCAACUUCCCCACGCUGGAGAUGCAGCCCCGGCAGAUCGUGAAGGUGGUGCGGAGCCGCCUGGAGGAGAAGUGCAUUGGGGUCCGAGACGUGCGACUCAAUGGCUCGGCAGCCAGCCACAUCCUGCACCAAGACAGUGGCCUGGGCUACAAGGACUUGGACCUCAUCUUCUGCGCAGACCUCAAAGGGGAAGCCGAGUUUCAGACUGUGAAGGACGUGGUCUUGGAUUGCCUUUUGGAUUUCUUACCUGACGGAGUUAACAAGGAGAAGAUCACCCCGCUUACCCUCAAGGAAGCUUAUGUGCAGAAAAUGGUAAAAGUAUGCAAUGAUUCAGACCGAUGGAGUCUCAUCUCCUUGUCCAACAACAGUGGCAAAAACGUGGAGCUGAAGUUUGUGGACUCUCUGAGGAGGCAGUUUGAGUUCAGUGUAGACUCCUUUCAAAUCAAAUUAGAUUCCCUUCUGCUUUUUUAUGAAUGCUCAGAGAAUCCCAUGACUGAAACUUUUCACCCGACCAUCAUUGGUGAGAGUGUCUAUGGGGAUUUCCAAGAAGCCUUUGAUCACCUCUGCAACAAGAUAAUUGCCACCAGAAACCCAGAAGAAAUCAGAGGAGGUGGCCUUCUUAAGUACUGCAACCUUUUGGUAAGGGGCUUUAGGGCUGCCUCAGAAUCUGAGAUUAAGUCCCUUCAGAGAUACAUGUGUUCCAGGUUUUUCAUUGACUUCUCAGACAUUGGAGAACAGCAAAGAAAGUUGGAGUCUUACUUGCAGAACCACUUUGUGGGAUUAGAGGACCGCAAGUAUGACUAUCUCAUGACCCUUCAUGGUGUGGUGAAUGAAAGCACAGUGUGCCUGAUGGGACAUGAGAGGAGACAGACUCUAAAUCUUAUCACCAUGCUGGCCAUCCGUGUCCUUGCUGAGCAAAAUAUCAUCCCCAAUGUGGCCAAUGUCACCUGCUAUUACCAGCCAGCCCCAUAUGUAGCAGAUGCCAACUUUAGCAAUUACUAUAUUGCCCAGGUUCAACCGGUAUUCACGUGCCAGCAGCACACAUACUCGACUUGGUUGCCCUGCAAUUAAGGACCGUUUUAAUACACCUGGUGGGGAGAACAUUUUCUAACAAGCAGAAAGGAGUGAUACUCUCCUUAAAAUGGGGUUCUUUGUGCAAUGAUGAUCUGCUCUAGCUUUCAAGUUUGGUAAAGCUUGUGGUUCUUCUUAUAAAUUAUGUGAGCAUGAUCUAGAAAAGAAGCAGAAAUAAUUGGAUUCUACCCCAGAGCACAAGAGGCCUGUCAUUAAAAGCAAAUAGCUUCCCCUGAAAUAAACAAGGGAGGAAUGCUUGAUGACAAUAUGGGUUGGCAAUACCUGCUCCCAUAGCUUUGGCAUAGAGAAGGUUGGAAAGCCUUUUUUUAGAAUGGGAUCUGCAAAAGGGAGAAUAUGAAAAAAAAAAAAAAAAACCCCUCAAAAAACAAAACAAUUUGCUUACAUAUAUUCAGGAGUUAAAAGUAGAGGCAUGAAGCAGAGAUAAGUUCAAAUAAAAUGUAUAUUGGAAUUACUGUCUUUGGGACUUGCAACAAGUGCUGUCUAUGGGAUGAUUGUGUAGAAUGUAUAGCUUGCUUGAAUAGAAUGCUUUAACAGAAACAGCUUGCUCCAAAUGAACAGUAGGAGAUUGGUACAGUUACCAUAAAACCAGAAAAAACACAUGAUGAUAAAGUCCAUUUUUUCCAGCUGCAUGCGUGCUUCACAUUUUAAAAGUGUGAAAAUGCAAGAAAAACAGGUGUAGCAAACAAAAUAUGCUCAA